CUUCGAAUGUUAUCACUCGAUUGAAUGGGCGUUAUCAGUGGUUAUCAUUCCAUAUAUAUGGGCCAGUAGGGGCCUGCUGCGCCUACUGGUAGGCUCAGAAGGCUGUUAUCAUCCAUCCACAUGGUUAAUCACCGACAAAUACAGGAGAAGACUCCAGCUCCAAUCCCAGAAUCCAGCUCGCCGGUAAUCGGAAGUCUACUGAAUGACGCAGCUACGUUGGAAUAUUUCGCGCUUGAUUUUUGAUAAGGUAAGAGCAUUUAAAUGAUAAAAAACGAGCAUUUAAACGGUAAUUAAUUAGUUAGUAAGGGAAAACAAUACAUAAACAAUACAUAAAAUGUGUUUUAAUGUUGCGUGACGUUAUGAGAUAACCGUAUGAUGAUAUUUCGCGCUUGGUAUUUUCAGGUAAGAACAUUUAAUGAUAAAACCGAUCAUUUAUACCGUAAUAAUUAGUCAAUAAUGGAAAACAAUACAUAAAAUGUGUUUUAAUGUUGCGUGACAUGAGUGUUGACAUAAGUUAAGCGUAUUACGAUUAUUUUGUAAACGUUAAACAGGCCAACGUUAGGCCCUAUUACGUUAUUACGUUUACGUAAAGCCUUUAGCUUGCUUGUUUAAUUGACCAUUAAAGUUGCUAAAUAAGCAUGUUUUUGCGCAUGAGGCUACUGGGGAAAUGUAGUUUCUAGUUAAACGUAAAGUUAGCCUGCAAAAUUACUUUUUCCACAACCUUACUCUUGACAUGAGUGAAAUAUUCAAACACAUGACGUAUUUUAUUUCUGUUUGGGAACCUCGGGAUCAUGACUAGAAUGUAAAAUUUUUGGGGGGUUGAAAAAGCUUGGAGGGAUUUGUUCCCACACGAGGAAGCUUACAAUUACAUUCAUGCAAAAGACGAAUACGUUACUGACAAUCUAUUAGAAGUAUAGACUGUGGUGUCGGUGUGUGUCUCAUUUAUUGCUGUCCGUGACAUUGAACUUGAAAAAAAAAAUCUAUUAAUCUAUCUGUCUUCCUGCCUGUGUAACAUUAAAAUCUAUUUACCUAACUUUUUCUCUCCCUUUACAGUUACAGCAUCAAUUGCCAGUGGAUUGCAAGGACUUCUGUGAGAGAAGGGCCCAUUCACAUUCUGUUUAUGUUUUAGGUUGAAGAUGGCCCAGAGAGAGAGAACUCCCAUUAAUGGGAAUCAAAAGGAAACCCUGAAAUCCUUUUUUAAGGAUGGAAUGACACGAGUUGGGUCAGAAUUAAUUCCAAGAGCUGCAUCUGCUACUGGUUUGGACACCACUGUCAUAGAAAACUGGAUCGGUAAUUACAAAAGAUCAGAAAUUACAAAAGCUUCGUCUGAACCCCGGCAAUCAAAGGCCAAAGUUCAUGUCAGAGAGCUGUCGCCUUACAAUCUUUUUUGUAGGGACAUAUUCAAAAACAAAGGCACAAUGAAUGACAUUAAGGGCAGGUGGGCCUCAUUGAGUGAAGAUGAAAAGCAAAAAUACUUUCAAGAGGCAGCGGCACUGAGGGCACAUGGGCAGACACAGGACCUUAGCCCUGAGAUUAGGGAUGCCCGAAUUAAAAUGCACCUUAAGAAGCUGAAGUUAGAGGUGUCCAAGCUUGAGGAUUUGGGUGUGGAAACAGCCAUUUUGUCAUUUGACCGCCAAAAGUCCACAUUAGAGGUGUUUGAACUGAGCAGCAAAGGAGCCACUGAUUUCCUUGAUUCAACGGAGACAGUGAACAACUUUGCACUGCAUUUCAAAGCCAGCUCCUCACCCGCAACACCCAGUACCAGAGAACAUGUCAGUGUUCUGGUAGGAAAAGUGCAAGAUCUAUUCAACCAAAAAUAUAAGGAGGCCGGAGGUACUGGGAGGCUCCCCUACCAGUCCCUGGUAAAUCAGAGCAUGACAAUUAAUGUAUCUGGACUGCCCACAAGCCUUACUCUAAGGAAGCCUUCCUUUUAUGGAAGGAACCAAUUGGUCGAAAUUUUGAAAGCUGCAGAGGAGAUUUCAUUUGAAAUAAAUGAAGCACAAUGCAACCCCACUGACUUGGGAGAGGAGAUGUCAGAGCACAUGGAUGCAGAAGACACAGCGGAUGGCAUCCAGACGAAGUCGGUGGAGGAAAUUUUAGAGGCCAUGUGUGAAAAUGGUGCACAACAGAUGGAAGAGUCCGCAGAAACAGCCACUACUGUAGCCAUCGUGAUGACUGCAGAUAAAGAUGGAGACAAUGUGUGCUGUGUCUGCCGCAUCCAUUUUGACGACAAGAAUAAGAACGCAAGAAAGAAGUGGCGUUCAUGGUCACAGUGCACAGUGUGCCAAUCAUGGUCACACACUGCAUGUGGUUUUAAAAAGAACAUGUGCCUUCCCUGCCAGAGUCAAAACACCAUGCAAACACCCUGAACCUAUGCUAUUUAGUGCAUUCAAAAUGUAUCUAGUAGUAGUUAUUGUUACUGUGUUGACGGCCCCCAACCCAUCCCUACAAAUAUAUACACACACUCACAUAAUACAUACAUACAUACAUACAUAUAUGUGCAUUUUAAAAUGCAUUAAGUGCCUUUCACCUUUUUCAUUAAAAUACACUUGAUGAACCUGUAUUAAAGCUGAUCUUUUUGUUGUUUUGAUUCACCCCAAUUUGUCUUUAUUGUUGCCGUUUGUUGGCACCUUCAAUGUGGUCCCUUUUAAACUGGGCCAUGUGGGGAUCAAAUAAAGUUCUAUUGUACUGAA